GGACGCAGCAUGCGCGGCCGGCGGGGAGGCGCCUGGCUGGCGCUGGUCGCGUCGCUCCUGCACGUGUCCCUGCAAGGCGAGUUCCAGAGGAAGCUCUACAAGGAAUUGGUCAAGAACUACAACCCCUUGGAGAGGCCCGUGGCCAACGACUCGCAGCCGCUCACCGUGUACUUCUCCCUCAGUCUCCUGCAGAUCAUGGACGUGGAUGAGAAGAACCAAGUUCUAACCACCAACAUUUGGCUGCAGAUGUCCUGGACAGAUCACUAUUUGCAGUGGAAUGUGUCAGAAUACCCGGGCGUGAAGACUCUUCGCUUCCCAGAUGGCCAGAUUUGGAAACCAGACAUUCUUCUCUAUAACAGCGCUGAUGAGCGGUUUGAUGCCACGUUCCACACCAACGUCCUGGUGAACUCUUCCGGCCACUGCCAGUACCUCCCUCCAGGCAUCUUCAAGAGCACCUGCUACAUUGACGUGCGCUGGUUCCCCUUUGACGUGCAGCAGUGCAAGCUGAAGUUUGGGUCCUGGUCCUACGGAGGGUGGUCACUGGACCUGCAGAUGCAGGAGGCGGACAUCAGCAGCUACAUCCCCAACGGAGAGUGGGACCUUGUGGGGAUCCCGGGCAAGAGGAGUGAGAAGUUCUACGAGUGCUGCAAAGAGCCGUACCCGGACGUCACGUACACGGUGACCAUGCGCCGCAGGACGCUGUACUACGGGCUCAACCUGCUCAUCCCUUGUGUGCUCAUCUCGGCCCUGGCCCUGCUGGUGUUUCUGCUCCCUGCAGACUCCGGGGAGAAGAUAUCCCUCGGGAUAACAGUCUUGCUCUCUCUCACGGUUUUCAUGCUGCUUGUGGCCGAGAUCAUGCCCGCAACGUCUGACUCAGUACCACUGAUAGCCCAGUACUUUGCCAGCACAAUGAUCAUCGUUGGCCUCUCUGUUGUGGUGACCGUGGUCGUGCUGCAGUACCACCACCACGACCCCGACGGAGGCAAGAUGCCCAAGUGGACCAGGAUCAUCCUCCUGAACUGGUGCGCGUGGUUCCUGCGCAUGAAGAGGCCCGGCGAGGACAAGGUGCGGCCCGUCUGCCAGCACAGGCAGCGCCGCUGCAGCCUGGCCAGCAUGGAGCUGAGCGCAGGGCCAGCGCCUCCAGCCGGCAACGGCAACCUGCUGUACCUCGGCUUCCGAGGCCUCGAGGGCGUCCACUGCGCCCCCACCCCAGACUCGGGGGUUGUGUGCGGCCGCAUGGCCUGUUCCCCCACACACGACGAGCACCUGCUGCACACGGGGCAGCACCCGGAGGGGGACCCAGACCUGGCCAAGAUCCUGGAGGAGGUCCGCUACAUCGCCAACCGCUUCCGCUGCCAGGAUGAGAGCGAGGCUGUGUGCAGCGAGUGGAAGUUCGCGGCCUGCGUGGUGGACCGCCUGUGCCUAAUGGCCUUCUCGGUCUUCACCAUCAUCUGCACCAUCGGCAUCCUCAUGUCCGCUCCCAACUUCGUGGAGGCUGUGUCUAAGGACUUCGCCUGAUGUCAGCUGGCCU